AAUCAAAGCGCUGCGCGCUCUAAAUGUCACUAUACGCUAUAUUCGUAAUUGUGUGGCUGCAGAAAUGUCCUUCAUUUCGCCGGUAUUCGGUUCGAGGAGUAUCCAGUUCGUUAACGGUCCGGAGGCCAGAGAGAGACGCCGAAAGUACGACAUGUAUCUCAGAAAAGACGCUGUGCAUUCACACUUUUAUACGUUCAAGCAGAUAGCUGACGAGACCACGUGUCAGCUCGGCGCAUUGGAGGACCCAGACCACGUGACCAUUUACGACGUGGCGUUCCAGAUGGCGUGCCGGGCGGUAGGCGUGGCGCUGUUCGAAGAGUACUUCAGCCAUGAUGACAACAUACUCACCUUUAAAGCUCUCUAUGAACAAUUCUGGCCAGUUUUGGAAAAGAACUUUACAUCCGGGCUACCUGAGGAAGGAAUGGACGAAAGUGAGCAUUUCUAUAGCAUUGUUCAGGACGUCCACCACAUUGUCCGGAGCAUGAUUGAAGAUCACGUAACCAGCGGCACUGACCGGAAGUUCAUUGAUGUCGUCAUGGAAUCGAAUCUUGACCAGACUACAGUCUACGGCGACAUUUUGGUGUAUCUUGUCGGCGGCUUUCACAGUGUCAGCACAACCCUGACCUGGUGCCUCUACCACGCGGCGCUCUACCCGCAAAUGCAGACCCGGAUACACGGCGAGCUCUCGCACGUGCUGGGACGCGCUCAUAUUCAACCAAGCGCACUUCCGGAACUGAAGUAUCUAAGAUGGUUUAUCGACGAAACACUUCGCCUUCGAUACGUUGCUCCCGUAGCAACACGACUGAGCGGCAAUAACACGAAGAUACAGGGAUACCAUGUGCCAGAACAAACGCAGAUUAUUCAUGCGUUAGGUGUCGUCAUGAAUUCAGAGACGUACUGGGAACAUCCAGAACGGUUCAAUCCGGAGAGAUUCGAUACGUCUGAAAAUUCCGAUAAGGCCAAACGGUCUCCGCUAGCUUUUUGUCCGUUCGGAUUUGCGGGAAGGCGAAUGUGUCCCGGAAAAGCGUUUUUCUACGACGAAGCAUUGAUAUUUCUUGGCACCCUCAUCAGAGCGUUCGAGUUUAGCCUGGCGCCUGAAACCCCAACAAAUAUGGCGAUAACCGAGGGACUUCUGACUCGUCCGCGCGACAAAGUAGUUCUCAAAAUCAAGAAACGAACAUGUGAAUAAAGU